UCAAAAGUUUCAAAUUUUGCUACAGUUUUUGUUUUCUGAAACAAUAAUAGAAACAUAUGACUGCUAUGUUACUGAGAGUUUUCAAAACCUUUCUGCUUCUAUGUCUCACUGAAACAGUGACCUCAGGUGUGAAACUCAAAUAUCACAAUAGAACUGAUCGCUUACAUGGAUCUUGCUCGUUAUCGGACUUUACUAACAGGGCGUCGUGUUUAUUAUCUAAUGAGGACUUAUUGUGUACUGGAGGCUUUACAAGCGAUUUGUUAAUAGGUGUAAGGUACCAAUUAAUAUCACAUUUGAAGUUACUGGAGUGGCCUGGUUACUGUUUGAAUGUGGGUCAACUACAAAGGCACUUUCCUCAGUUACGUACGCUGGAAAUAAGCAAUAGCAGCCAUUUGAAAAUUUUUAAGGGUUUCUUUGAUUCAUCGAGUAAAAUUGAGAAGAUCUCAAUGCAUGGUUUAACUUUAUUGUGGGAGGUGCCAGCAGACAUGGUCGAAAAGAUGACGCAGUUGAGAGUGUUAGAUCUUCGCAACAAUGUAUUGAGGCAUAUGAAGUCGAACUUACUACGAGGGCCACCACAGCUGAAGAUGGUUUAUCUAGGAGAUAACAAAUGGGACUGCAGCGAUGGCGGUUUGGACUGGCUGGCAAUGGAGAAUGAGAAUGGCACGGUGAGGAAGAAAUUAGCAGAUUAUUACCAGCUUGUGUGCCAUCAACAGUUAUAUAGAGGAAAACCAUUGUAUAAGGUCAUGGAAAUCAUACGUACAGUGAAAGAGACAUGCCCUGAUAUGUGUGCAUGUGCAAUGACUCACGUGGUUUCCGACGCAAAAGGAGCAAUCAUUCCACUGAUUACCGCCAACUGCACUGAUAAAGCUCUGGAGAGUCCACCGGCCUCGCUCCCUCCUAGUACUACUACGCUGCGCCUUGAACGGAACAAGCUAAGCAGCAUAAGACAGCUGGUCCAGAAUCCUCAGUACCAGACGCUAAUGGACCUGUACCUUGAUAACAACAGCAUUCAAUCAGUAAAAGAACUCGAGGGAUCCGAAUGGUUUUCUACCUUUAGAGUUUUAAGCUUGCGUGGCAAUAUGUUAAAACAAAUUCCAGUAUACGCAUUCGACAAGGCCUUCCAAGGAAACAACAAUAUCAUGCACGUGUAUUUGGGUCACAACCCUUGGAGGUGUGAUUGCCACUUCAUCCCCAGGUUUCAGGGAUUGCUCCUGAAGUACAAACGAGUUAUUCGGGACUUGAAGGACAUAAAAUGCGCCAAGUCAGACGACAAGACGAUAUCUUUUAUACAGAUCAGUACCAUGGCCUUGGGAGACGUAUGUAGAAGCAGUGAAGCGAAUAUGCCAAUAAGUACCAUAAACAUAGUGAAUUUGGUUCUCCUAGUGCUAAUAUUAAUAGUAGUCGGAAGGUUUGUCUAUGAUUGGCACAUGUUUAGAGCUACAGGCAAAUUACCUUGGAUAUCCUCUAUUUUACCCUAAAUUAUUUUGUAUCGUAUUUCUAAAUAAACAUUAUUGGAUAG